CGGAAGUGGUCGUCGUCGCGGCGGCACCAGUGGGAGCUGGGCGCGGGGCUCAGAGUGCAGCGGGCGGUCGGGCGGACGGCGGCGGCUUGCACCUGCGGCGGCGGCGGACGCGGGCGUUGUCGGUUGGGUGCGAGCCCACUGAACCGACGAGCGGCUUCUCAGCCCCUCUCCUGCCCGUCGGAGCCCCUGGAGCCGGGACCGCUCGGCCGGCGUCACCAUGACCAAGGCCGGUAGCAAGGGCGGGAACCUCCGCGACAAGCUGGACGGCAACGAGCUGGACCUGAGCCUCAGCGACCUGAACGAGGUCCCGGUCAAGGAGCUGGCUGCCCUCCCGAAGGCCACCAUACUGGAUCUGUCCUGCAAUAAACUGACUAGUCUACCGGCGGAUUUCUGCGGCCUCACACACCUGGUGAAGCUGGACCUGAGUAAGAAUAAACUGCAGCAACUGCCGGCCGACUUUGGCCGUCUGGUCAACCUCCAGCACCUGGAUCUCCUCAACAACAGGCUGGUGACCCUGCCCGUCAGCUUUGCUCAGCUCAAGAGCCUGAAGUGGCUGGACUUGAAGGAUAACCCGCUGGAUCCUGCCCUGGCCAAAGUGGCAGGGGAUUGCCUGGACGAGAAGCAGUGUAAGCAAUGUGCCAACAAGGUGUUACAGCACAUGAAAGCCGUGCAGGCCGAUCAGGAGCGAGAGAGGCAGCGGCGGCUGGAAGUAGAACGAGAGGCCGAGAAGAAGCGGGAGGCCAAGCAGCGAGCUAAGGAGGCUCAGGAGCGGGAGCUGCGGAAGCGGGAGAAGGCGGAAGAGAAGGAGCGCCGGAGAAAGGAGUACGAUGCCCUCAAAGCAGCCAAGCGGGAGCAGGAGAAGAAGCCCAAGAAGGAGACGAAUCAGGCCCCGAAACCGAAGGCCGGCUCCCGGCCCCGCAAGCCGCCCCCGCGGAGGCCCAGCAGGACGUGGGCUGUGCUGAAGCUGCUGCUGCUGCUGCUGCUGUGUGCGGCAGGUGGGCUGCUGGCCUGUCGGGUGCCCGAGCUGCGGCGGCAGCCCCUCUGCGCUGGCGUCAACACCGUCUACGACAGCGCGGUCCGCGGCCUGCGCGGCCACGACAUCCUGCAGUGGGUGCUGCAGGCCGACUCGCAGCAGUGAGCUUGUCCUCGACGCCCGCCGCCUCCCGGCCCUGGAGCUUGGAUUCCUAUGGAAUUGGGUUCUGCGGGACACAGCCUGUUUGCGGCGUCAGACCUACCUGCCAUCCUCAAGCGGCUGCUGACUGGUACUUGAGAUCCCCUCUUCUGGGACUGCUUUGUUCCUUAGCCAGGGUUCCCGGGCGGGGUAAGGAGAAGCGGGAGGUGGGCUGGUUACCUGCAUGCCUAAAGGAACAGGCUUGGGGUGGGCAGAGGGAAAAACUGCCUUUUCCAGUUGUUACACAAAGCUGUGUAAAGGCAAGGCUCGUUCCUACUAAACGGUCAGGUGAGCUAUCACUACGUUUAUACUUUUGUAUGUCACAAACCCUUUCUUUCAUUCCUCCCUGCGUAGCCAGGGCAGAUCAGUAGGCAGUGUGGUAUUGGGGACUAAAGGAACACCAUACUCAGCAAAUC